AUGGACCAGCCGUUCAAACAAGAACCUGCCUGGGAUCCAUCGGCCGAGGAGGCUACGAGGAAUCUGUCUCCGACCUCUGCAACAGAGAGAAGACAUUCGUCAUCAGCUAGCACUUCUACACUGUCGACGAAUGACAGUAAUGAUGCCUCUGGUCCACGUGGUCGUCGCUCGAGACCCUCAGUGGCCUCGGUUUCGUCACAAUUACCUACAGUGCGGGAGAAGAACCUGCAGAGGAUCAUAUCCGAGGACAAGCCUAGCCUGUCUCACCUAACUUCAGAGGAAACGGUCGUCAGCUCCCAGAAGGUCUUGACAAGCUUCAAUAAAGUGGCAACGCGAAACGUGGAAAAAGAAGAAGCCAGGCGUCAGCAGCUUGACAGAUACAACCUGGAGAACGAAAAUCAGCGUGAAGUGUACGAGCGACUCAAAAAGUGGGCGGAUACCCAAGAGAAGGGGAUGAAAGAAUGGCUGCUUGCAUGGCCCUCCCCUAAAUAUCGACAGGCCCCUCCGCCACACGUCGAGGAACUGAAAUCCCUUGCCCGGCAUUACUACCCACCUCGCUCAGAAUUGAAAUGCUAUGUCUGCGACUUCGGAGAGGGUAGAGCAGAGCAUAAAGUCGUCGAUCUCGGUGAGCUAGAGGAGUACUGGCAAACAAAACCUGCUUGGGUGGACGUGAGAUGGAUCCAUGCUCCGCUUGGCCUUGGGCUUACGCAUUCUUCUGUCGAGGAUAUCUUUCUCCAUGAUGGUCCAACUGGUCGGGAAUUCGAGAACGCUGGACGCUCUGGAUGGCCGUACCUCGAAACCGAAGUUCUGAAUUUCAGACACCGGGACAACUUUCAAACAAUGCGCGACAUCUACUUACUGCUUCAUGACAAAAGUGAACUGCUAGAUGAUCUCAACGAGUCAACUUGGCGAGCCGACCGUAACGCCAGCUUACGAACCGAUGUUGAAUGGAGAGGCGGUCACCUUGCAAUGGAACCUUCUUUCUGGAAUCUCGUCGACGCGGAUAUGCCCUGGCAGCUUUCCGAAGGUCUUGCAAUGGGGGCAAUGGGGCCAAGAGAUGGACUCCAGCCCAUUCUCCGCCACGUCGACAAACAAGUUCUUUCCUCGCACCCCUUCUAUAAUAAUGCUCAGCUCGUGAGGAGCCCCUUUCGCACAUUUCACCGCUCCGACGGAUUCCUAUUGAGCCUCUCCCCCAUGGCUGGUGUCAAUUACCUGGAUAAGAACUUUAAUAGGCAUCUCUCCGAACCCAUCGACGCCCUCUUUGACAACGACGACGCCUCGGCUGUUGGCCAUGUUUUCCAAGCUUUCGCAGACCAGGGCACGAAUACUUGGCAUUGGAAGACUGUCGAAUGGUUUCUAGUUUAUCUCAUAACAGAAGUUGGCGUGACGCCUCACAACUUCAGGCAAGGCUGCAACGCACCUUCGUUUGAAAGUGCGUAUUCUUCAGUCAUCCAGGACUUAAAACGAAGACGAUAUGACCAGUGGAAGCCCAAAGUCACAGUGAAGCUUGUUCGCGCAUACCUUAGUGGUAUUGACGAGCUCACUACCAUAAGACUGAUCUUACAAAAGAAGGUCGAGCUCUUCAAAAUCAUGCAGCUCGAUGUCAAAAGGUUUGAGACUGAAGACAAUCGCUUCCGCAAGACACCUGAUAAUGCCGAGGGAGAAUCAUCAAUGCAACGCUUGAUUUGGGCAAUGAAUACGGUGAAGUACCAGCAUGAAUGUUUCGAGAGACUCUUGAUUGAUUUAAAGCAAUCGAUGGAUGCCCUCUUCCAACUGCGUUCGAUCGAACAGAAUGAACUAGCGAUAAUUUCUGACAGCCAGAACAAAGCUAUUCUCGUCUUCACCAUCGUAACGGUCAUUUUUCUACCCCUCUCCUUUUUCACCUCCUACUACGGCAUGAACCUUACCGGCAUCGUCAACACUGACAAGACCGAACACUAUUUCUGGAAAGUCUGUGGCAGCGUCGCAUUUCUUAUUGUUCUGUUCACUGCCUUGGGAGCUUUCAGGCAUAAGCUGAGGACCCUGCUUAGACAUAGGAUCAUGAAAGCGCCUAGCGCAAUGGUUUGA